AUGAGCGAAUCAAAGGAAAUGGUAAUUAUACUUACCGGUGCUUCAAGAGGAAUCGGCCAAGCAAUAGCCCACCAUCUCCUCUCCCGCUCCCACAAACUAAUCCUCAUAUCACGCACGCACUCUGCCCUCGAUGCGCUGCACUACCAGUAUGGUUCCGAAAACGUCGAGGUGCUCGCAGGUGACAUGUCGAACCCCUCUAUCUCCAAACGCGCCGUGGAACUAGCGCAAGAGCGUUGGGGAAGGUUGGAUGCCGUGAUUGUGAAUCAUGGAACUUUGGAUCCCGUCAAGAAGGUAGCGGAUGCGGGGGUAGAGGAGUGGAGGAAGGGGUUCGAUGUUAAUGUUUUCAGUGCGGUCGGAUUGAUUCAAGCAGCUCUACCGUCACUGCGUAAAACAAAGGGUCGAAUCAUUCUUACUUCUUCGGGAGCAGCAGUGUCAGCGUAUCAAGGCUGGGGAUGCUAUGGCGCGGGUAAAGCGGUGCUGAAUCAUCUUGCGUUGACGCUUUCGGUGGAGGAGCCGGAUGUUACUACCAUUUCCAUUCGACCGGGUGUCGUGGAUACGGAGAUGCAGCGGGAGAUUCGCGAAGUGCACCAUGAGCGAAUGAGCGAAAAGGACAGGGAAAAGUUUAGCGGGCUGAAGAGCAGUGGGGGUCUUUUGAAGCCAGAGCAACCUGGAAACGUCAUCGCCAAACUUGCUGUCAGCGGCGGAAAAGAACUUAGUGGCAAGUUUCUCAGUUGGAACGAUGACAGUCUCAAAGCAUUUCAGGACGAAUAG